AGAGAGAAAGAGAGAGAGAGAGAGUACUCAUGGGGCCCUUUAAUACCAGAUAGGACAAAGAUACACAUUAACAAGGAGAUUAAGAAAGACAUGAGGAAGACUAUGGCUGUUCAGUACUACAAGUACUCAUGCUGUACACGUUUUCAGCACACGCUAGUUAGCAGGGAAUCCCACCUCUUCUUUUCCCCCCUGACAUUAUAUUCAUAAUCUGUACGACUUACCUUAAAGAAAGACAUCAGCUAUUGAGGAUAUACAUCCAUUGUUGGGGAUCAUUUUCUUUCUGGAUUUUAAAUGGACUUGAGGAUUAUUUGACAAGUUUGUUAUGAAGUGACUGAGGUAACAUAAAGAAAAGAUUUUAAUCUGUUUUUUUGAAAAGAUUCAUAGUCAGGAGGAUUUUUUAUCAGAAGCAUGGAACUAGAACAGUCUGUAAAGCAGAGAGUGGGAUACCGCAUCCAGCGGGACAUCAUGGAUGAAUUCAAACUUGAUGAACUUGCAGAAAAAUCAGAAGUCCACACACCAGUGAUUGAGAAAAUUAAGGAGUCCAUGAGGUGUUCUGGUCCUCGUGUGAAGAGCUGCUUUCUGUCGUGUAUUCCCCUGCUGUCAUGGCUGCCACGGUACCCACUCAGAGAAAACGCUUUCGGAGACCUUGUCUCAGGAAUCAGUGUGGGCAUCAUGCACCUGCCACAAGGAAUGGCGUAUGCAUUGCUAGCUGCUGUCCCACCUGUGUUUGGCCUUUACUCAUCUUUCUACCCGAUCCUUCUCUACUUCAUCUUUGGGAGUUCUAAGCACAUCUCAGUGGGUACAUACGCAGUGAUGAGUGUGAUGAUCGGUAGUGUGACAGAGCGCAUGGCUCCAGAUUCAGACUUCAUGAUAUUUAGCAACAGCUCCAACAGCAGUGUGAUAGACACUGUGGCCCGGGACAACGAGAGGGUCAAGAUUGCUGCAGCUGUCACCUGUCUAUCUGGCAUCUUUCAGUUGCUCUUAGGCCUGGUGCAGUUUGGAUUUGUGGUGACGUAUCUUUCUGAACCUUUGGUUAGAGCCUACACUACAGCAGCAUCCAUUCAUGUCAUUGUGUCCCAGAUAAAAUACACGUUUGGAAUCAACACAAACCGCUACAGUGGACCUCUCUCACUUAUAUACACGGUGUUGGAUGCGUGUUCUUUGCUGGGUGGGACAAACAUUGGGACACUGGUUGUGAGCAUUGUAACCAUUAUCGGUUUGAUCAUUGCUAAGGAAAUAAAUACUUUUCUGUCACGCAAACUUCCUGUUCCUCUACCUGUUGAGCUUUUUGCUAUUAUUAUAGCUACUGUAGUGUCAUGGCAAUUUGAUUUCAAGACUUUGUACAAUGUGGACGUUGUAGGUACGAUACCUUCAGGUCUGCAGGCUCCUGUGUUGCCUGAGUUCUCUAUGAUGGGAUCUAUGAUUGGUGAUGCAUUUGCUCUGGCUGUUGUGGGUUACGGUAUCGCCAUCUCUCUUGGCCGAAUCUUUGCUCUCAAAUAUGGCUACAAAGUUGACAGCAAUCAGGAGCUGAUAGCAUUUGGACUAAGCAACUCGAUCGGUGCCGUGUUCCAGUGCUUCGCCAUCAGCUGCUCCAUGUCUCGCACUAUGGUGCAAAUUAGUACAGGCGGAAAGACGCAGGUUGCAGGCGCUCUCUCUGCUGUAGUGAUGCUUGUGAUUUUGCUAAAGAUUGGAGAACUCUUCGAAGAACUGCCAAAGGCUGUCUUGGCUGCUGUUAUCUAUGUGAAUCUGCAUGGGAUGUUGAAGCAGUUCGGAGACAUUCGAACACUUUGGAGGAGCAACAAAGUGGACAUGCUUGUUUGGGUGAUGACAUUCAUUCUCACUGUGCUGUUAAAUCCUGAUCUGGGGUUGGCUGCGUCCAUCGCUUUCUCCAUGCUCACUGUCAUAUUCAGGACACAGCUACCAAAGUAUUCUCUACUAGGGCAGGUCCCUGGCACUGACAUCUACAGACCCAUAGAGGACUAUAACCAGGUUACACAGAUUCCAGGUCUUGUGAUUUUCCGCUGCUCUGCUACACUGUAUUUUGCGAAUGCAGAGAUGUAUACAGAACACCUCUAUGAGAAGAGUGGGGUAGAUGUGCCUAAACUCCUCUCACACAAGAAGAAGCUAGAAGCAAAGAGACUCAGGAAAGAGAAGAAAGAGGCAAAACGAGCAAAAAAACAAGCAAAGACGGAGGCUUCACAAAUGUCAGACAAUGAGGAGAGAUAUGAGGUUGCAGUAGUUAUGAGUCCAGAGUUUGACCAGCACUCUGACCCCACUAUACCCAAGGCCAUCAUCCUCGACCUGAGUCCAGUGAACUUCCUGGAUACAGUGGGAGUGAAAACAUUACGCAAUAUCCAUAAAGACUUUGGGGAAGCUGGAAUUAACGUGUUCAUAUCAGGAUGUCAACUAUGUGUUACUGACAGUUUAGAGAAGGGGGAUUUCUUCAAUGACAAGGUCACUAAAGCGAUUCUCUUUACCACUGUGCAUGAUGCUGUUCUUCACUACCAAGAACAAAAUAUACAGGAGCCUAAGGUGGCCACACAUUUUUGAACCAGAAUCCAUGUCACAAAGGAAGCAUUUUGAAUGUGAGCAGACCUACAUCUUUCCAGGUGUGCCUCCACCUGCAAUCUACUCUCACUACAGAUCAAAAUGUCAUCCACAAACAUCAUUGAGUUUCAUGGAGAUUCCCGUCUGACUUCAUCUGUCAACCUGUCCAUCACCACAGAAAACAAGAAGGGACUCAAAACCGAUCCUUGAUGCAGUUGUUGAUGUUUGUAAACUCUAAAGGUUUGGAGAUGAUUACUUUAGGAUAUAUUGGUGUAUCCAUGUUUCAAAAAGGCAAUAAAAGCAAUUCUGGUUACUUAGGA